AUGGAAUGGGAUUCACGUGUAGUAUCGUCAAUACACGCGACUAUUGUUAGCAUUCUGUGUGUUACAGCGCUAGUUACCAAUGCUGAUCUGUGGUAUAAUCCAGCUAUAAGUGUAGCUCAUUCUGGUCUUAUGGCACUAUCGAUUUCCAUUGGUUACUUUUUAUGUGGUAAGUUUGAAGUUUUAUUUGAAGAAUAUCUUAUAAGUAAAUUUAAUUUAUGCUCUGCUGGAAAAUGA